AUGCUCGAUAAGUCCUCUCCAUCAUUCCCCGCGCAAUCCCCAUCACGACCACUCCCUAAAGCGCGCGAUGGAUAUUUUCAAUGUGGGUUCUGCAAAAAACACUACAAUCGGGCAGAUCAUUUAAUUCGACAUGUCCGGUCGCACACCCGCGAGAAACCAUAUGUUUGCCAUGUGUGUAAUAAAGGCUUCGCCAGGCCGGACUUGAUGAAGCGACACGCUGCAGGUCAUGACCAUCCACGAGAUGGCAAGCGCAAACGUCCCCCGUCCUAUGCGAAGAGCGGUCGGGUCUCCCAGGCGUGCAAAGCAUGCGCCACAUCAAAGCUCAAAUGCGACGAGGAAAAGCCUUGUCGGCGGUGUCGGGACAAAAAGCUUAUUUGCGACUGGCACGACGCCGGAUUCGAUGAAUUGACCCCGGGGUCUCCGAUGCAAGGGUACGAUGACCCUGAUGGCCAAAGCCAGUAUCCCGAGCCACCUCAACCGCAUGCCGCGUUCUCGCCAACAAUACCGCCAAUGGGCGACUACCCAGCUACUAUCGAUAAUCCUUCAUUUACCACCCCUGACUUUGCUGUAAACAAUUAUUUGCCUGACCCGCCCGACCCCGCUCCUGAGAAUCCUCCGUCGACCAACUAUGGCGCAAUAUCACCCGCGUUUGAUCAUGAAAGUGGUAUCUUUAGUGUCGAUGGAACCUUCUUCCCCGAGUUCAUUCCCGAUGCUCUCAUCCCAUCCUUAUCCCGUCCGAACGAAUUAGAUCCACUGAAUGCCAUGAACCCUACGCCAGACUACCGCCAUAACCUUCUUAAUACCAACAUGCAGUUUGAUUUCGAUCUGACUGAAGUCGACUUUGGCCUGAUCGACUACUUCAAUUCCCAGGGGCUAUCACACCUUGCUCCACAGCCCCCCGAUGCACCCAACGAUCGGUCCGAUGUGGAUAGUAGGAUCGCGCUUGGGGCUGAGGCCUACAAACGAUCAUCACUGUCGGCAUGGAAACCUGCACAGCAUGACCAUGUCUUUGCUGACCAAGAUAACCUAUCAGUCCCAGUGGUUAUGGAUAGCCCAGGGUCCAGCAUCAGAGGAGAGCGACAGAUCCUACCUGAGAGGCUCGCCCCAGGUAGUCGCGAUCUCAUAUUCGGAAUGGUCUUACAGACGAGCGAGAAAGCCAUGAUUCCACGUAUAAUAAAGUCAUUCCCGAGUACCGAGCUGUUAGAUGGUCUCAUACAAGACUAUUUUGCCUACCAGAGCCAGAAGCUGGAUCCAUUCAUUCAUGGUCCGACGUUCUACCCCAAUGAACAGAGCUCCGACAUGCUCACAGCUCUUGCUGCCUCUGGUGCGGUCCGCUCCGCCAUACCCACCAUCCGUAAACUGGGCUACGCGUUGAUGGAAGUUGCACGCCUACACAUGUCGACUACGUUCGAGUCGGAUAACCGCAUCACACGCCAUCUUCGGCCUUCGCAAACAUUCGCAGUCGUCAUUGACAUUGGUUUAUGGAGCGGCAAUGGUCGAAGGACGGAAAUAGCGGAAAGCUUCCAACAACCACUGGUGACGAUGCUUCGACGGGCAUUACGUUUUCGCCGGACGAUCUACACAACUAUUGUGCCAAGUCCUGAGGACAACGAGGAAGAGCUGGAGAAGAAAUGGCACGCUUGGAUCGAGCAGGAAUCUUUCAGAAGACUUGUCCAUCAUCUAUUUUUACAUGACGCUCAGUGUGCGAUGAUGCUGAAUGUCAGUCCACUCAUAUCGUACGCUGAAUUAGAGCUUCCGCUCCCAUCCAUCCGCGCACUAUGGGACGCCAAGUCAGCAGCAGCAUGGAGGGAUACCUACCUAGACCUUGGAUUACUUUCAACCGAGCGACAGCCGUCUUUAGUCGAGGCCAUGCGGGACAUGUCCCGAUUACAAGGAGCUGUCGAUAUGCAGCUGGCCGGAUGCAUCCUCCUCCACGGCUUUUCGGCUAUGGUGAACGAGUACCACCGGUUUAGCUUUAUUUCCAAGGGCAAUUCCAAACAUUGGAAUGCAUUAGUGACCAACUCGCGACACCAAGAGCUAGCACAAGCCUUGCAGCACUUUCGCAUGAUCUGCUACGAAUGGCCCAACUUCCCCAUCCCCGAAGUCAUCCUAAUAUACGAGAUGAUCUCAAUGUUACUAUACAUGUCCCUAGAGGACCUCCAGCUAUUCGCCGGAAAGGAAGACAAGAGCGAGGCAAGACGAGUCUACCACAGUGCACUCGAAUGGAUCAGCAGCAUCGACUCACGACGAGCUGUAUGGCAUGCCGGCCAAGUCAUCCGAGCAGCCAAAGCCAUUCCGGCGGGGUCCGUGACCGGCUUCCUAGCGGUGGGAGUAUACUACGCCAGCUUGGCCUUUUGGUCGUAUAGCGUGGUGCUCAAAGCCAAGAACAAUAAAAUGGGGGGCUCAGAAAACCGCCCAUUGGGUCCCCCUUCCACCAUCCGCGGCCCAACGAUCUACCUCGACGGAGACGAGACCACCGACGUGCAGAAAUUCAUCUCUCUCGGAUGUGGCAGUCCGGCAUUGCAGGGCCGACAAGGUCCUGCGUUUGUCUCUGAUCCGGGACAGACUAUGGACCUCACUCAGGAGCUUCUGCGGGCAGAUGCUUCUCAGGAUGCGCUUCCCCCGUUAGUUCAGGGGUUGUGCCAGUUGAUGAAUGGUCUGGGUAAUGCUGCUAGAUCUGGUACUUGA